UUCCCUUUCGGUCAAAAUUUUUAAAAUCAUUCGAGUCUUUUUAAAUAAUUUAUUUAGUUUUUAGUUUCUUAAUAUUUUGGCAAACACCUAACUGUUACAUAUAGUAUCUAUUCUUUAAGUUUUAAAAGUUGACGUUAUUAUUUUUCCUUCGAGAGUGUUUUCCAAUCUUUCCGUGCCGUGGUCGUGGCAAAGCACAAGCUCAAAUUACCAAAAAGUUAUGCAUAAUACUCAAAGAAUAAUACCUAUCUAUAAUCUAAACGUAUAGUAAUGCCGUGUCGUGCUUUAUUAGCUGUAAUUGUAUAAUGUAUUGUCUAUACUAAAUUGCAAUGCCAGUGUGUUGUUGUGGAUUUCUAUUUUGCUGAAACAUGUGAUCAGGGCCAAACAUCGUCUAGGAUGCAACAAACUGCGUUAAGGAAAUUUUUCAUUAUGGCUCUUUUACUGUGUGUAAUAUUGCUUGUUUGGACUAACAUAGGAGUUAUUGGGUUUGAAAGUUUCGCAUACAAAACUAUUCCGGUGAAGAAUAAACUCUGUAGUGUGAAUUUUAAUGAUACUAGGCCUCAUAUGGCCGUUAAAAGUGAUUUAAAAGUUAUAUACUACGUCACACCUACAUACCCAAGGCCAGAACAAAUCCCGGAGCUCACCCGUCUGUCUCAUACAUUAAUGCAUGUGCCUCGAAUACAUUGGAUAAUAGCAGAUGAUCAACCACUGUGUUCUGAACCAGUCCUCAGUGUACUAAAGAGAUCAGGCUUACCAUUCACACAUAUCUCUAGUCCAAAGCCAUAUCCCAACAGAGUUACGAACUUCCCUCGUGGUGUAUCAAAUCGCCGAGCAGCUCUCACCUGGCUAGCGAAUAAUGUAAAAGAGGGUAUACUCUACUUCGGGGAUGAUGACAAUACUAUUGACCUGCAGCUAUUCGAAGAGAUGAGACAGACCAAGAAAGUAUCUAUGUUCCCAGUAGGACUCAUAGGUGCUUACGGUGUGUCAAGUCCUGUGGUGAAAGACGGAAAGGUUAUUGCAUUCUUCGAUUCAUGGUCUGCAUCAAGAAUGUUUCCCGUGGACAUGGCAGGUUUUGCAGUCAACAUGGAAUUCCUGAAGCCAUCUGCCAGCAUGCCAUACAUCCUGGGCCACGAGGAAGACGGAUUCCUGGUUAGUCUAGGUUUAAAAAUGGAGGAUAUCGAACCACUAGCAGACAACUGCUCCAAAGUACUGGUAUGGCACACAAGAACAAUGAAGUAUAAGAAGCCUACAUUGAAAUUUAACUAUGAUAAAAUAGAUGCAAAGUAUAAAAAUUUCGCACAUUUGCUCAACGAAACGUCCUAUCUAGGUAUGGCGAACAUUGAUCCUCAUAGCGGGACCAAACCAAUGAUCCUGCGAAAUCGCAAAACAUUUGAAACGUUUGCUGGCAUUCUCUAGUUUACGUUUUAAUUUAUUGACAGCUGAAAUUAAGUUGAUUACUUAGAGUAGGCGCACACCGUUGAUUUUUCGUCGGCCUA